AUGAAUCAAUUAUCAGAUCUUGAGUUAGUAGCUCAAGCUAUGUCUACUACACCUUCGCAAUCCCAUUCUCCCCAAAACCAGACGAACGGGCAUUCCAACUCCGUUUCAGAGUCUACGAACAAUCCAUCAGAAUCAACAUCGACUGCAGCACCUGAUUUAUCUUCUCUCAAUCUUGAUCCCGCCUCCGUCGCUUCACUCUCAUCGCUCCUCUCUCUUUCAGACGCAGAAUUAGAGAACCUGGAUGAUACUCAGAUAGAGGAGAUCAUGAAGCAGCUGGAAGCGGCUGAUGGUGUAGCAGAUGACCUAGAAGGUAAAUUGGAUAAAUUGCUGCAGACUUUAGGUGGAGUAGAAGAGGAGAUCGUUCACGAUAAAGGAGCAGGGGAGCCUGGUUCUGAAGAAGGAUCCGGAGAGAAGAAACAAUAA